UCUCUAGUCCGAACUCUUAUUGAUAAUACAAUAACAAUAAUAAAUGUCAUUUUGCUAAAAAUCAAAUGUUGAGGAGCACAAAAUGUCGGUUGGUGGCAGAAACAUGCACACGGGAAAGUCAUCAAAUCUCCGCCUUUUGGACGACGACGAGCGGGAUAAGUUGAUCACCACAGCACGAUUGUCAAAUGCUGUUCCAGGAACGGGUAAGCAGCCUGCCCAGGAGCGCCUCAAGCGGCUGCAGACCCAAUUGAAGCGGGUGCAUGACAAGAAACCCAUCAGCAACAAUGAGAGGGAGCGGGAGACCAUCAAACGGAGCACUCGCAGCUCCUCCACCUCUCAGAUUAGCACUCCCAAAUCGGCACCCGUUCGUCGCUCAAGUAUAUACGCAUCCACGCCCCAUAGAUCCCUGACGGAGCGCCUGAAGGUACAGACCAAAGUGGCCAAGAGUGCGUCACCCAGGAACGCCUGGGAAAAGCCAAAAGCUCUGGUCGAUGCCAGCAAUCGCCUAAAGGCGGGACCUUCACAAAGUGCCAACCAGCGACUCACGCAGUUAAGGACUUCGCUGCAGCAGAAGCAGGGGAAUGAGGAGCGCAACAACAAUGAUGUGGCCAAGAUCAACAAAGAGGUCAUCGGAAAAGAAGCUAAGAACUGCAACAUCACAAAUUCAAGUGCAUUUAAAGGCUCGUCAUCCAGCGAAAUAGAGCCCGAGCCCAUGGAAUGGGAGGAGUCUAUUGAAGAUGAGCCCCCGAAAAAGAAUCAGGAUGAGGCUGAGAAAGAGGACGACAUUCUGUUGAUGCGGCAGGCAGCCGAUGGCGAGGAGUUGCCCACUCGGCUUGUGGAUCACAUGUAUUUCGUGCUGGACACCAACGUUCUGAUGCACAACAUCAAGUUCGUGGAGAGCCUGACAGAGGUGGUGCUGCCGGGUACGGUGGGAAGCAUGUUGUACAUUCCCUACAUAGUAAUCAAGGAGCUGGACAAGCUGAAGGGUCAGUACCAAUCGGACGAUCCAAAGCGACUGAUUGCCGUGCGAGCAAUACGCUAUUUGAACACCAAGUUCGAUGGGAGUUUGGAAAUACAAGGUCAAUCCGCCGUGGAGGAGGCGGAGCACCUAAUUAAAGUCGACUGCCCGGACGACAGCAUUAUAAAUUGCUGCCUGCAGCUGCAGGAGCAGGUUCCCAGCAUGAUGCUACUCACCAACGACGAGAACCUCCGCCUCAAGGCCAACGCCUCGGACAUCCAGGUGUCCUGUCGCUCCGAUCUAAUUUCCACCUAUGCGGAUGAGUUUGCUGCCCUCGGCGAUUAGCUAAAAGCGACCACACUACAUAUAUAGUAUACGAAAGACUGUGACUGCGUUUGUGAUAUGGGAUCCGGAGGCAGUCGAAAGGGAUCCACAAGUCAAGCCACUGCACCGCAGCAUACAUGAAGUACAAUCAAUCUUUUACACCUACAUACAUCACCUACAUUUAGUGGAUGGCCACUGGAGUGUUCACUGAAUACUAAGAAGUUUCGCAUAUUAGAUAUUACAUAUUAAUGUAUAUUGCUACCUGCAAUAAAGUUUGUUUUUGGAUAUA